AUGUGUGGGUUGGUGUUCGAGGAUCUCAUUGCUCAGGAUGGAUUGAACAAGGUGAAGAAGAUGAAUGUGAAGAAGGCACAAAUUGUGUAUGACACUAUUGAUAGGAGUAAAGGGUUCUUUAGGUGUCCGGUGGAAAAGAGUGUGAGGUCAUUGAUGAAUGGGCCAUUAACUUUGGCAAAGUUGAAGUUGGAAGCUGGGUUUGUAAAGGAAGCAGCCAAGGAGAAGAUGGUGCAGUUGAAGGGGCACAUGUCGAUUGAGGCAUGGGAGCUUCAAUAUGCAAUGCUAUGCCUUUGGCUGGGGUUAAGAGAAAAGAACAACUGGUUUUGGUUUGGGAUCCUCGAGCCUCCUUUGUGCCACCUUCCUCAUAGAAGCCGUUAG